AUGGCCACUCGCGCCGCACACAAACGCCUGACCCGCGAAUACGCAUCGAUUUCACAGAACCCUCCAGACUACAUCCUCGCACAUCCCUCGGAAUCAAAUAUUCUCGAAUGGCACUAUGUCCUCACCGGUCCUCCACAGACUCCCUACGAAGGCGGUCAAUAUUGGGGAACUCUCGUCUUUCCACCCGAUUAUCCUUUCGCACCACCGGCGAUCCGCAUGCACACUCCUAGCGGCCGCUUCCGGUGCAGUGAACGAUUAUGUCUCAGCAUCAGCGAUUUCCACCCGAAGAGCUUCAAUCCCGCAUGGGAGGUCAGCACAAUCCUCCUAGGAGUCCUCAGCUUCAUGACCAGCGAAGAAAUGACCACCGGAUCCAUCUCCGCCACUCCGGCCGAACGCCGUGCCCACGCCGCGAGGACACGAUGGUGGAACAGCACCGGUGGCGGUUCAACCCACCGCCUCCUCCCCGGUCAACAAUCCUCCGACGGCAGCGCCACCUCGACCAGCAGCACCGGCAUGAAAGGGUUCGGCGCCAUCAAAGCCGGCGACGGCGGCCGCAAAUUCCGCGAACAAUGGCCGGAGCUCGACGAGGCCAACUGGAAAUGGAUGGAGACCGAACACGUCAACCCGCAGACCGGCAAGCUCAUGCUGAACCAACAUCUUACCGCUGCGGCAGCAGCCGCGGGGGUUGCAUCUUCCUCCUCGCGGUCCUGCACACCGGAUACCUCCGCCCUCCGACGCUCCGCGCGCGGCAGCAACGCCGGCCUCGGCGCCGUGGUCGUCGAAACGGGCCACGCCGCGAAACAGGCGGGCCAGAGCUGGUUGACAAGGAAUAAAUAUUACCUCGUCGCGGGGGUCCUGUUCGGGUAUGUGGCGCUGGCGAGGUUAUUACAGGAUCAGGAGGGGGGCGGGUCAUGA